AUGGAGGGAAGCAGCUUAGAAGAAAUUGAUUAUAGAAAAAUCUAAGAUCCAGAAAUUGUAAUCUUAGCAGCUGCCAAAAUGAUUCAAGAUGGAACAAUUAAGAAUUUAGAUAUGAUAUAUGGUAAACCAGAUCAGUAUAAAUAUCUAAGAUCUUUACUACCAAUGUUUAAUGAUUAACUCAGCUUAAGAGUCUCAGUUUGUGAUUGGAGAGAGUUUAAAGUUGAAUAAAACUUGCAAAAAACAAUAUUAUUUGGUCCAAUGUGGGAUUAUUCUUUCCAUAAAGUAGAAGUAGAAAACUUAAUGCAAUAACUUAAAGAAUAAAAAGCGAGAACUGUAAACCCAGUUCAAUUUGUGCUAUGGAAUUUGAAUAAGUAAUACUUGAAAUAAAUGGAGGAUUUUGGCCUCACAAUGCCAGAAUCAGUCUUCAUUGUUAAAGACUUUGAUGGGAAAAUAAGUCAAGCUUUGGAUGAUUUUAAAGCCAGAGGAGACUAAAUAGUUGUAGCUAAAGGACUUUAGGACGCUGGUGGUAGUAGUUUCAUGAAAUUUAACAUCGAACUAUAGUCUAAAGAUGAGAUAAUUGCAACAUGUAAGCAAAUUCAUGAGAAUUAUAGCGGACUGAUCAUCCAGGAAUAUUUAAACAGUCUUUUAGAUUUCGGUGAAUUUGGCUUUGUCUGCUUUAAUUUAGAAAAAGCCUAUCAAUACAUUAAAGUUCCCGGCAGAACUGAUUCUAGGGUUUAGAAAUAGUAUGGAGGCCGCUUUUUCCAAUUUAAUUUUGAUGAUAUUGGUACUGUUUUGGAAAGCAUAAGAAGCUCUCAUAGACCUGAUUUCAAACUUAAUGAGGAGCAUGUUAAACAGAUUUAAGAGCUCUUUCCAGCAGUCAUUGAUCAAGUUAAAGCCUUCAUUUCUUGUCAGAAUGUCGGGUUACCCGCUAUUUUAAGAAUUGAUUUUACCAUUAAAGUAGAUAAAAAUGGGAAGAUUUAAAUUUUAAUAAUGGAAAUUGAAGGAUUUGAGCCACAUCUCGAACUUUAAGAAAGAACUGAUAAAUAUCCCGAAGUUAAUAUGGUCCGUAGAUUCUGUGAAUUUAUCAAAGAACAGCAUGAGAAUUUUAACAGAAAAUCAGACCUAUGA